CUACACAUGUUUCUUAACAUCUGAGAAGAUCUAGGGAUUAACAUGUGUUUCUGAUGAUUUUGAUGCUUUUUAAGAAUAAGAAGAUUCAGUUAUAUUUAUAUUUCUCAAAGUAAAUCUGUAAAUUUGGCCUUAUGCGGUUGUCAAGAACGUUAGUUUGGUUAUUUCAUCAUGGCCGGACUCAAGUUGUUAGAAAUCUAUUUCCAAAGCAUAAUACACUUUCACCAAUCCAUUCGGUACAAUUGAGAAGAUCAUUCUCAAAUGAUAGUGCUAAUGACGAUGAUAAAAUCACUGAAGAUCUAAAUAAUGACAGAUAUGUGAAAAAAUGGUUGGCAACAAAAGUAUUCGAACAUCAAACCAUUGAUGACUUCAAACCUUUUCUCAAGAAUAAAGAAGAGCUGGAAAAGAUGGAGUGGAUAUUACAAGAGUAUGAAAUCAUCAAAUACGAUACAAGUUUAUGUCCUUCCUAUCUACCAACUGAAAGAGUCAAAGAAAUGGUGGAAAUGUCAACUACACAAAAGCUACAUUCGUAUUUUCACUUUCUCUACAACCGAGAGAAUCGCAAGAAUGCUGCAAGACUGAGAAAGAUCGAAAACAGGACUGAAACAGCGAAAGCAUUGAGAUUUGCUCAUGAUAAUGACAUAAAAUUGGAAAUGGGCAUUAGUUAUGACCCAGAAACAGGAAAACCCAUUUAUGGUAAAUGGAGAAACAGUUGCUUCAUCGACUUGGGUAAAAAACAUGAAUAUACAGCUUUUCUUCCUCAAAACAUUGCUGCAAGUCAAUUUGGACAAAAGCUGAUUAUUGAUUUCUCUUACGAAAACUGCAUGCAUACUCAGGAAAAGAAAAGCCUGGUUAAACAGUUGUGUUUUGGUUAUCAAAAAAUACGAGAGUCCGAAGAUCCGUUUGACCUGUGGUUUUGUGGCUUAAAUCCUAAAGAAAAGACUCAUUCGUAUUUAGAUGAAGUUUUGGGUUGGAACCGUAACGCUAUUUUCACAAAUAGUUUCAUCCACCGAACGGAAAGAUCGUACCUAGAUCUAUUUCCUAAGGAAAAAUUGGUUUACCUCUGUCCAGAUUCAUCUGUUGAUUUACACAAAUUUGAUGAUGAGGCUAUUUACAUAGUCGGUGGUUUGGUUGAUAAACGCGUUAUUAAGCCUGUUUCCUUAGCCAAAUGUAAAAAAGAAGGGUUAAAAACUGCUCGUUUACCAUUAGACCAACACUUAUCAAUGAUAGGUAACAAAAUAUUAACUUUGGACCAAGUUUUGUGUAUUCUGGUGCGUUUAAAAGAAGGCGUACCCAUGAAGGAAGCGCUAGAAGAAUCAGUUCCUAUUCGAAAAAUAAAGACUCCGGAACAAGUUGAACACGAAAGAAAUAGACGAUUACUUAAACUGACAUUACAAAGAAAGCAUAAAAAUACAUAUCUGUAGAUUAAAAAUAAAUCAUCAGCUAAAUAACCACUUAAGCUUACUUCAUCAAGAACCAAUGUAACUUCGGCUAUUGUUAGAUGUAAAUUUUUAUAUAACUGGAUUCGACCAUAUUUAUCCUCUGUUGACAUUUUAAUGUAUAAAGUUUGUUUUGAAUUAAAAUACAAUCAAAAUUGUCCUUUGGAUAUAUUCAAAAA